GAAAACGCAAGAGUAACACGAGCCAACUCGUCGCGUCCUUCCUUCCUUCGUUCCAUCCUCGCCCAAAUCGGCGACGGCCGGAGAUCUCUGCGAUCUGGGACCACCACCGGAAGGCCAUGCCCACCGCGCGGCGCGGCGGCCACCCGCCGCCGCACGAGAACGGCGUCGGCGGGCACCGCAACGGCGACGACGACCCUGAUGAGGAGGAGGAGGAGGGGGGCGGGGAGGGAGAGGAUGAGGUGGAGGUGGAGGACGAGGACGAGGAGGAGGAGCCGCGGCUCAAGUACCAGCGGCUGGGCGGGAGCGUGCCGGCGAUCGUCUCCACGGACGCCGCCGCGGCCAUCGCCGUCGCCGACCGGAUGGUCGCGCUCGGCACGCACAACGGCACCCUCCACAUCCUCGACUUCCAGGGCAAUCAGGUAAAGGAAAUUGCUGCUCACACAGCAACUAUCAAUGACAUCAGUUUUGAUGCAGCCGGCGAAUAUAUAGGAAGCUGCUCUGAUGAUGGCACUGUAGUUAUAAGCAGCCUCUUCACCGAUGAAAAACUGAAGUUUGAGUACCAUCGACCCAUGAAAGCAGUUGCCUUAGACCCCGGUUAUUACCAGAACUAUAGAAGAUUUGCUACAGGAGGUUUAGCAGGUCAAGUACUUGUGCUGACAAAAAAGUCUUGGGGAGGAGGCUACCAUAAAAAGGUUUUACGUGAUGGUGAAGGACCAAUCCAUUCUAUGAAAUGGAGGACAGACCUUCUUGCCUGGGCUAAUGAUGCAGGGGUAAAAGUGCAUGACAUGAAGACAGAUAAAGGAAUAGCAUUUAUAGAGAGGCCAAAAGGAAUUCCUCGGCCAGAGUUUUUACUUCCUCAGUUGGUCUGGCAGGAUGAUACUGUCUUAGUUAUUGGAUGGGGAACAAGCAUCAAGAUUGCGGCGAUUCGAACAGAUUCAUCUCAAGGACUCAAUGGCAUACAGAGUAUCACUGCAAGUUAUGCGAAGUAUGUGGAUAUUGUGGGUUCAUUCCAAACUGGCUAUCACAUAUCUGGGAUUGCUCCAUUUGGUGAUCUUUUAGUUGUGCUUGCAUACAUUCCAGAGGAGGAGGACAAAGAAAACAGCAUUAGCAAUUCUGUUCCUUCACGUCAGGGAACUGCCCAGCGUCCAGAAAUACAUCUUCUAUCAUGGAAAAAUGAUGAAAUUACCACAGAUGCUCUUCCUAUUCAUGGUUAUGAGCACUAUAAGGCAAAGGACUAUUCUCUUGCUCAUGCUCCUUUCUCAGGAAGUAGCAAUGCAGGUGGACAGUGGGCUGCUGGUGAUGAACCUUUAUAUUACAUUGUAUCUCCUAAAGAUAUAGUGGUUGCGAAGCCAAGAGAUACUGAAGAUCACAUUUCUUGGCUUCUUCAACAUGGUUGGCAUGAAAAGGCAUUGGCUGCUGUAGAAGCAGGACAAGGACGAACUGAGCUUCUUGAUGAGGUGGGUUCGAGAUAUCUUGAUCAUUUGAUAAUUGAAAGAAAAUAUUCUGAAGCUGCACGCCUCUGUCCAAAACUGUUGCGAGGAUCUCCUUCAGCCUGGGAGAGGUGGGUGUUUCACUUUGCCCAUCUUCGCCAGCUUGCUGUAUUAGUUCCUUACAUUCCUACAGAGAAUCCUCAACUGAGUGAUACAGCUUAUGAGGUUGCUCUUGUAGCUUUAACUACGAAUCCUUCUUUUCAUGAACUUCUCUUGACAACUGUAAAACAAUGGCCACCUACAUUAUACUCCGUUUCACCUGUCAUAUCUGCAAUUGAGCCACAGCUAAAUUCCUCUUCAAUGACUGAUUCACUGAAAGAGGCUUUAGCUGAAUUGUAUGUGAUCAAUAGUAAAUAUGACAAGGCCCUUACUCUAUACGCCGAACUCUUGAAGCCAGAAGUAUUCGAAUUUAUUGAGAAGUACAACUUGCAUGAUGCCAUUCAUGACAAGGUUGUCAAUCUUAUGACAUUGGAUAGUAAAAGAACGGUAAACCUAUUGAUCCAGCAUCGUGAUACCAUCCCCCCAAAUGAAGUUGUAGGGCAAUUGUUGCAUACCAGUAAAAGUUGUGAUAAGAAACAUUUGUUACAUUCGUAUUUACAUGCUCUGUUUGAGACAGACAUGAAUGCUGGAAAAGACUUUCAUGAUAUGCAGGUGGAACUUUAUGCAGAGUAUGAGCCAAGGAUGCUAAUACCCUUCCUCCGUACCAGUCAGCAUUACAGGCUUGACAAGGCAUAUGAAAUCUUUGCACAAAAAGAACUUGUACGAGAGCAAGUUUUUGUGCUUGGUCGUAUGGGAAAUGCAAAGGAAGCUCUCUCUACAAUUAUAAACAAAUUGGAAGAUAUUCAGGAGGCCGUUGAAUUUGUGAUGGAGCAACAUGAUGAUGAGUUGUGGGAGGAACUGAUAAGACAGUGCCUCCAAAAACCUGAGAUGGUUGGAAUGCUGUUGGAACAUACUGUUGGCAAUCUUGAUCCGUUGUACAUUGUUAGUUUGGUUCCUGAUGGGCUAGAAAUACCGAGGUUGCGCGAUUGCCUUGUGAAAAUUGUGACAGACUAUCGAACAGAAACUUCAUUGAGACAUGGGUGCAACGAUAUACUUAAGGCUGAUUGUGUAAACCUUUUGGUAAAAUAUUAUCAUGAGGCUCGCCGUGGAGUCUACAUGGCUAGUAUGGACGAGGAGGUUACUGGAACUAGAGUUGAUGAGGGAUCUUCACGAGCAAAUGAGAGAUCAAGUUUACGGGCUUUAGAGAUCAAGUCCAGAACAAGAUGUGGUGCUCGGUGUUGCUUAUGCUUUGAUCCUUUGUCUAUUCAGGACAUCUCUGUCAUUGUGUUCUACUGCUGCCACGCAUAUCAUACGUCUUGCCUUGAAGGUGGAUUGGACUUGAUGAGAUCUAACAGUACUCAUGAUAGCGACGAAGGGUCCGGUGAUGAUGAUGGUACUCCAUCAGGAGAGUCUCCAAUGCGCUGUGUAUUGUGUACUACAGCUGCUGCAUAAAUUUUUCAUUAAUUUGGUCCUUAUCCAUGUGUUGUGUUGUAACUUGUAAGUUUGAGCCUUGUGAUUAGUGUGGUCUUCUGGCGUCAUACAUAUGUACAAUAGGUUAAUUCUUUGGGGAAGCCAUAUCCUCAGCAAGGGGAGUUUUGUGUAAAUUUGAGAAAAUCAGUUGAUUACUUGAGCAAAGUUGUACGGCAUUUUUUUAAUGCCACGAUUGCCAGAUCAUCUGAAGUUCAUUUCGAUUCUGAUCCA